AUGAUAUAUUCAUCAUCAUUUGUAUUUGGUGCUGAUGAAUUCGAAGAUUAUCGCUGCAGAUGUGUUUGUCCAUCAUUAACUGUUUUACAAGAUCCAUCAGUAAAUGAAACAAAUCGUCGUGUUUAUAUUGAUGUUGUUCCAGCAGAUAAUUGUACAUGUUAUCGUGUUGUAUUUCAUACUGUAAAAGCAACACAAAAUUUUCAAGAUCGUUUUUGUCCAAGAUGUGUUUGUAAUUAUGAAGUACGAAAUACAACAACUAUGAAAGUUGUUGUUAUUAUUAUAAUGAUUGCUAUAUCAUUUUUAUUUAUUUAUAUGGCAUUUUUACUUUGUCUUGAUCCAAUAAUGAAUCGAAGUAAAAAACCAACAACAACUACAACUCGAAAACCAAGACAAGAUGAAAGACAAAUAAGUGAUUCUCCAAUAAAUAAUGCAACACAAGAAUGUGUAUUUAGUGAACCAAUUGACGGUGGAUUACAACGUAAUCGACGUUCAUCAGUUGUAUUGCAUUUAGUUUCACAUGAACAAUCAAAAUGGAGAAAACAAGUUCAACAACAACAACAAUCAGUAUAUAAUAAACAUGAAUUGCUCAAUUGA